UUAUCCGAUAAAUUAUUUCACAUCAUGACAUAUUAAGGCGACCUAGGUCCAUAUAUGCUCGACGUCUUUUGUUAUGGAGGUAUUUCAACAUUGCAACGGCUUUUCACGGAUCACGGCAUUCAACUCGGCGGCGAACCAAUCUAUUCAAAACGUAUUGACCCAGAUAGCCCUCAAGAAGUAGUAAACCCAACUAUAAGGCUCUAAACCUCCCUUACAGACAAAUUGCUCGAGCGAGCUGUAGCAGCAAAACAAGUCGCCAUCGUAAAAUUUAUUCUUCAGAUUACCCUUCGUUCUCGGUCAUGCAGGAGCACAGGGUCGCCCGCGCGGUCCUCGAGCAACCCGAUUCAGCGGUAUUGAAAGUUCUCGACCACGAACAUGGCUUUGCUAGCUUUUCUAUUGAUUCUGGUAUGCGGUGCUUCUUGACGGAUGCGUGCGCCCGGCCACCGGAGGAGAUCGGUCCGGUGUUACACGUGUUACUGGACUACGGCGCCGACGUGCAUGGGUGGGGCCCCGGCGGAGGCGCGUUGUAUGCGGCGGUGAUUGGUGGGCAGUCGCUUGAGAUUGUGGAGAGGAUACUGAAGAGGACUGGCACGGUUGGUAGGCGAAAUGUUAGUGAGGCUAUACGGCAGGGUCGGGUGGAUGUGGUUAAGCUGUUUUUGAAUCGUGGACAAUUUGGUCACGGGGUUAAGCCGGAGGAAGUUGUUGAGGGGGCGGAGAAGUCGGCGGAUCGGCUGCUGUGUGGUCUUGGACUCGGUGGAUUGAAGGGAGGAAAGUUAGUUCGGGCAGCUCAGAUUUACAUACUUCGAUGAUCAUGGCAAGUUAGACCCGGGAUCUAAUAUUAUCUAGG